CUCUCAAAGGCUAAGACUUGUGCCGAAGCAAUUCUGGCAAUUCCGAUGGUAAGAGCAAGAGAACAGAAAACACGAGGACAGAAAAUGAUGAAUGUUCUAGGUUUGAGUCUUCUCUUGACAUCACUCGUCACAGCAGCAGCAGCAGCAGGAGGAUUUUUCACUCCCAAUCCAGAAAAGGAGAGCCCGACCGAAGCUGUUAUUGUCAAAGAAGGGCACAGGGUGGUGGUUGUCGAGUAUGAGAAGGAUGACGGAAACACCAAGGUUUCGAUCGCGCCGAGAGAUGAGAAAGCAUUGUCUGGAAAGAUGAUAGAAGAGGAUGCGGAGGGAAAAGAAACUCAUCACAAUCACAAAUCGACUCCAACAGAGGUCGUGUGCGAUGCAUAUGGCAAGUGUAAGCGCUUGGUUGCGGGUGCUGUGGGGAAAACCAAAGAAGCGGUGGCAGGCAGCUGGGUUUCUGAAGAGGCAAAAGGGGCCGUUGGCAAAGUCAAGGACGCGGCAUCUGAUGCAUCACAUAAAGUCCAAGAAGCGAGGCAGAGUGUGGAGGACUCUGCCAAUCAAGGGAAAGAUAAGUUGUCUGAGAAGGCCAGUGAAAUCAAAGAAGCGGCGAAGCAGGGAACGAAACAGCGAGCUCACGACGCCAUUGAAGCCGCAAAGAGAGUGAGAGACGAGGCGGAGAGGGAAGCGAGGAUGAAAAUGGAGGGGAGCAAGGAGAAGGUGGUGGAGAAGGCUAGAGAGGCAGAGGAGUGGGUGGAGAGAUCCGCCAAGAAGAAAGGGGCUCAGGAGACCCUGCGGCGUGCGGGUGAGGUGGGAAUGGAUUUGUUGGAGUACGCAGUGCGGGUGGUGAGCCGGGUGGGGCACCUGAUGGGAUUCUCGGCGGCGUAUGGGAUGUGCGUGUGGGUGACGUUUGCGUCCAGCUACGUGCUGGCGGGGGCGCUGCCGAGGAAGCAGUUUGGGAUGGUGCAGAGCAAGGUGUAUCCGGUGUACUUCAAGGCCAUGGCGUACAGUGUCGGGGUGGCAUUCCUGGGUAGCUGUUACUCCUAUUGCUUCUCCUCUAGGAAACGCAGUGGGGGGCUGUUUCAAUGCUUCAACCUUGCGGCGGCGCUUGCUAUGACGCUGGUGAAUUUGCUGUGGUUGGAGCCGCGUGCGACCAAGGUGAUGUUUGAGAGGAUGAAGAAGGAGAAGGAAGAUGAGACAGUAGGAGGAGGGAGGAGUAAGGAUUCCACGGCGGAGAUUGCAGGCAGGGGCAGGGAUAGGGAUAGGGAUAGGAGGAAGAGCAAGGGUGAUGCCGAUGCAGAUGUUGCAGGGAAUGAGGCUGCAGAGGCAGAGGCAGAGAUGAUCGGUCUGACUUCGACGCUGCAGAGGUUGAAUUCCUACUCCUCCUCCCUCAAUGUGCUCACUCUUAUGUCGCUGACGUGGCACCUGCUGCACUUAGCCCAGCGCCUACAUAUGGAUUGACUGACCCGUGUCGUGCGUUGUCUUGUGUUGUCUGAUCUAAUCUGGACUUCCUCUCCUCUCCUUUCCUCUCAUCUCAUCUCAUCUUCCCUUUUGUGUUUUUAUUCGGAUCAAUUACGUAUACAGUUCAGAGUUCGUUGGUGAUUUUUGUAUAUAUUAUUAUUAUUAUUACA